ACUUGGAAUUUAGCCUGUGCUGAGAUUCUUUCUGCUUCUCCUCUGCCUGGGUAUAUCCUGACAUCAGCUUAUGCAGAGAGAGCAACUAGAGCUCUGCAAAGACAUUUGUUUAAAUGAAUUUCUGCAGCUGAUUUAAGCCAGCCUGAACUGAAGACUAGAAGCCUAGAAAAUGAAGCUAAAGGAAAUUGAGCGAACAGCUGUUCAGGCAUGGAGUCCAGCAAACAACCACCCCAUUUAUCUAGCAACAGGAACAUCUGCCCAGCAACUGGAUGCAUCCUUCAGUACAAAUGCCACCUUGGAAAUAUUUGAGAUUGACUUCAGGGAUCCCUCCCUGGACAUGAAGCAGAAAGGAACCCUUCCUGCCUCAAACAGGUUUCAUAAGCUGAUCUGGGGUAACUUUGGAAAUGGGUCCCCUGAGUCCUCUGGAGUGGUCAUUGGUGGAGGGGAUAAUGGCGUACUGACAAUGUAUAGUGCACACCAGAUCUUGGCUUCAAAGAGUGAGGCUGUAAUUGGUCAGACAGAGAAGCAUUCAGGCCCUGUUCGAGCUCUUGAUUUCAACCCGUUCCAGAGUAACCUCUUGGCCUCUGGAUCCAAUGAUUCUGAAAUUUUCAUCUGGGACUUGAAUAACUUCAGUGUGCCUAUGACACCAGGGGCUAAAUCGCAGCCUCACGAAGACAUCAGUGUGGUGUCCUGGAAUCGGCAGGUGCAACAUAUCCUGUCCUCUGCUCACCCCAGUGGCAAGGCUGUGGUUUGGGACCUCAGGAAGAAUGAGCCUAUCAUCAAAGUCAGUGACCACAGCAACAGAAUGCAUUGCUCUGGAAUGGCCUGGCACCCAGAAGUUGCAACCCAACUAGUCCUUUCCUCUGAGGAUGACCGCUUGCCAGUGAUCCAAAUAUGGGACUUGCGUUUUGCUACCUCUCCUUUGAGCCAACUCGAAGGGCACACGAGAGGAGUUCUGUCUAUCUCUUGGUGCCAGGCUGACCCUGAACUGCUGUUGAGUAGCGCCAAAGACAACCGGAUCUUGUGCUGGAAUCCAAGUAUGGGGGAGGUGGUUUACGAGUUGCCCAUUCGGAGUCAGUGGUGCUUUGAUGUCCAGUGGUGCCCUAGGAACCCUACGGUCUUCUCUGCUGCCACAUUUGAUGGGUGGAUCAACAUUUAUUCUGUUAUGGGCGGGAGUUUAGAAGCUCAGCAGAAGACUCAGGCUGACAAGAUCUCCUCCUCCUUCAACAACCUUGAUCCCUUUGGCACAGGACGGACCCUCCCUCCUCUGCAAGUGCCGGAGCAAGUAGCUCAGACCACCUUGAUUCCACCAUUAAAAAAGCCACCCAAGUGGAUUCGCAGGCCUGUAGGGGUUUCGUUUGCAUUUGGGGGAAAACUGAUUACCUUUGGUCUUACCAAAGUUCCUGGACAGCAAGUGCAGCAGACUUGCCCACGCCAGGUGUUCAUCAGUCAAGUCACUACUGAAACAGAGUUCCUGGUCCGAUCCAGAGAACUACAGAUGGCCCUGCAGUCAGGCAACCUCCUUGAGUACUGCAAGGGCAAGAUCCAGACAGCAAAGUUGCAGUUCGAUGAGAACCUCUGGAACUUCCUGAAGGUGAAUCUGGAGCAGGAGUCCAGGACUAAACUCCUCAAGCUGCUAGGCUACAGUAAAGAUGAUCUGCAAAAAAAGAUCUCCUCAUGUUUGAGUAAUGGGAUCCCAGAUAAACAGCCCCUUCCUGAGGCAGAUGAGAUGAAUGCUGUGCAACCAGGUCAGCUUUUGAUAAAUUCCAGUGAUGAUGUAGCUGCUGUUUCCUCCUCUUCAGCCUUUUUUGACAACCUCAUCCCACAGGAUAUGAGCACUUUGGAGAUUCCUGUCACAGCAGAUACUGACGGACUCAUCAGCCAGGCCCUUUUGCUGGGGAAUUUUGAGGGUGCAGUGGAAGUGUGUAUGCGGGCAGAACGAUUUGCCGACGCCAUCAUCUUAGCUAUUGCUGGUGGGGAGAACCUCCUAAGAGAGACCCAGAAGCGCUACUUUGCCAAGCGGAAAACAAAAAUUUCCCUGCUUCUUUCCUCCAUUGUGCAACAGAACUGGCAAGAUAUUGUUCGCACAUGUGAUCUACAGAGCUGGAAGGAGGCACUGGCCAUCUUUUUAACAUACUCAAAGCAGGAGGACUAUACCCAGCUCUGUGACAUGCUGGGUGCCCGCUUAGAGUCAGAGGGAGAUGCAGCCCUGUCUGAUGACGCCUGCCUCUGCUAUAUCUCAUCAGGCAAUGUGGAGAGGUUGGUGGAAUGCUGGGUAAAAAACCAUGAGACUUCAUCACCCCUUGCCCUGCAGGAUCUGAUAGAGAAGGUGAUGGUGCUGAGCAGGUCCAUUGAGAUGCUCCGAGGCACAGCAGGGCCAGCGCCAGGCCCUGUCUUGGCGGAACGAAUCACCCAGUAUGCCAGCCUCCUGGCAUCACAAGGAUGCUUGGCAGCCGCAAUGAAUUAUCUACCCAGCAGCUCUAAAGAGCUCCUGAUCCGACAGCUCCGUGACCGGCUCUUCCAUGCUCAGGGAGAGAAUGUGGCUGAUCAACAGCCUCCACCUUUCCCCUACACUCAUAUUCACGUAGGUGUUGCUAAACACGUAUCUCCAGCAGCCAAGAGCAGCUCCACCUCUGAAGGAGCAGCCCACAAACCAAGUCCCAGACAUCCAGAGAAGCCCACCUACCAGUCGUCAUUUACACCUUCAGCACCUGCUCAGUCUUCAGUGCCUUCCCUCUUCACGCCUCAGCCGAUGCCAGCGAUGUCUGUGACUGCUCACCAUGCUGCACCUCCUCAGACCAAUGCUGGUCCACAAACAAGCAUCUAUUCCAGAGGGUCCCCAUACCCACAUUACAACUUGGGCUUGCCUCCAGUGGCAGUUCCAGGGCCCGCACUGUCACAGUCUCAGCCAUUCAGCCCAGCGGGAGCCAGACCUGCUGGUCCAGCUCCUUUUCCCAGCCAGCCUCCUCUGUCAGGACAGUCCAUGGCCAUGGCAUCUCCUGGUGUGCCACCACCUGGACCCACCCUCUUCACUCCAGCCUCUGUCCCAUCAUCUCAGCUCUCUGCAGCUUGUCCUCUCCCUGUGGGAAGCCAGUCUCCUCUUGGAUUCUCUUCAGCGCCGUUCAACUGCCCCAUGAAUAUGGGUUACCCUCAGGGAGGUCCUGGAGCCCCAUCUGCUAAGCCCCUGGCAGCAACCAGCAUUCCUCCACCUCCCACAGGUUUCUUCCCUUGGCUAGAUCCACACUUGGAUCAUGCAGCUCAGGAAUCUUGGACUGAUCCCUCUGCUGCAAGAGGAGGCCUUCAGAAGAAAAAGUUGCCAGAGAAAUUUACACCUCCAGCCCCCAUCACAGCUCCAGUAAUGAGCCUCCCCACGGAGCUCCAAGGGAUCCAUCCUCAGCUCUCCAGGUUGCAAGAAUCUGGCCAGUCACCCCCAGGAGCACCCAAGGAAGGCAGCCUGCAGUAUCACCAGCUGCCUGUGGAGCGGGUCGAGAGAAAGGGAUUGCCCCCUGAGCAUCAGGGUCUGAAGACCACAUUUGACGAUUUGGUGCAGCGCUGCUCUGCUAUUGCCACUGAUCCAAAAACUCGAAGGAAGCUGGAGGAUGCAUUGCAACGGCUGGAGUGCUUGUAUGAGAAGCUCAGAGAGCAGGCACUCUCUCCAACCAUCCUGAUGGGUCUCCAUGAGAUUGCCCGCUGCAUUGAGGCUAGAAACUACCAGCAGGGUCUCCUGGUUCACACCCAAGUGGUGAGCAGCAGCAGUUUCAGUGAGGUGUCUGGCUUCAUGCCCAUCCUGAAAGUCCUCAUGACCAUUGCUGGCAAGCUGAAUGUCUAAAGUCUGAAGCAGCUGGUGCAGUGGUGCACUGAGUUGGUGGACUCCCUCACCUGUUGAUGUGCUGCAGGUUGUGGACUCUCCCUCUGGCUCUGGAGAAAUAAGUCUGUGCCAGUGUCUGGAAUUGUGCUGGGCCAGUGCACCUGGUCCUAUCUGCUCUCCAGAGAGCCUACUGGGGGCUGGGUCUGCUGGAAACUGUUCUUUCUCUCUCUCUCUCUCUCUCUCUCUCUCUCUCUCACAGUGUGAGGCUGUUUCCUAGCCCAGGGAUCUCAAUUUCAGACUGUCCAGGUUACACACAGAUCCUCCCAGAGUUGCUCUUCAUUGGUCUCCUCUUCCCUGUUACCUGACCAGAGAGGGGAAACUCCUUCACUCCCAGGCUGACAUGACUUUUCAGUAGGAAGCAAAGAGAGCUGGCACCUGCAGCACCACCAGACAGAAGAGCCUCAGGGUCUGUUCCCUGCUCGUGCGUAAACUGUUCCUUAGUGACAGCUGGACUCCUUUGGGACUUAAGCUGGGAUGUUCCUGCUCCAUUGGGCUGUGGUCAGGUUCUCUCCUCUCAUUCCUCCUUUCUCUUCAUUCUGAUCCUUGACUCUUUCUCUCUCUCCCUCUCUCUCCUUUGCCCUCUUACCCUGCUACCACUAGGGCUGACUACCAGCCUGCUCUGGGCUCACUUUGGUUCUAUCUCUUUCUUCUGCACUCAAUCCUCUUUCUACAGCCUUCUGUGCACCCUCUCCCACCUCCUUCAUCUCUUCCUCAUAAGCCCCAGGUUUGAGCCUUUUUGUUUUAGGGCUAGGAUUGUUUCCCCCCUUCUAGCUUUGGGGACUCUCCCAUCCUCAGGAAUGCUGGCAGGUUGGACUCCUGCUCAGUGCACUCCUCCCCAGAGCCAGUAGCACCCUGUAUUUGGGCUGAAAGCUGCACUGUCUGGCUCUUGGCCUUUUUCACUUCUUUUAUAUUAGCACAGUUGGCCUGUUGCCAACCAGUGUUUAGGCUCUAAAGGCUUUCCAUAUUGGGAUUUCCAGACAGUCUAAGGGCUUUAGAAGCAGCAGGGGUUGUACAAGUCCCUUAAAGAGUCCCGUUAAGCUGCUCUGAACUGUCUAGAUUUGAGCAGGGGGAGACAGCUCAUUGCUGCAAGUGUGGUGGGUGCAUUCUGCCUAUAGUAAUGGAUGUGUGUGAGGGUGGUUCUGAAAGAUCCCAUGGCACCAUGGUGACAGGAACAUGCUGCAGGGGGUGAUGCUGUCAGGUCUUGAGGAUGUGGCUAUUUUGAGGCUUUUCAUCACUAUGGCAUUUCCUUUGGGAUGAAACAGAUGAAUGAAGCAUAUUUGUCCCGUGGAAGAAGUCUGGGAAGGCAGAUAGGAUUUUAGGACACAUCUGUGUGUGUGUUGUCUUUCCCUCCCUCUCUUCCUUUCACCCUCUUUCUUACUAAACAGGCAGCAUAAAUCCUUAGACCCUGGCAGGGAGCAAGGCUUCUUCCCACCAUUUGGCUGCAGCCUGCCCCCACUUCCUCUGCUUGCUGCUAGAGUGAUACUGCUAUUAUGAGCCCCUGGUUCAGUGACUUAUGCGAAUCAGCCUGCUCUACCAUGAGCCGAGGGAGGAGGGAGAGGGCAGGGCUCACUCUCUCCUUGCCAGGUCAAAGUGCCUCCUUGUUGCUGCUGUGUUCUGUUGCCAUUGCUGUGGUUUGAUGCACUGAGAGAUUACAGAACAGUGAAAUAAAAGCUGCAUUUUGUGAUGCUGCUAGCGUCUUUCGUAGGCUUGGGCCUACAGGCAGCUGCCUGUCACCUCUGCCUUCAGGAGACUUGUCUCAAUCUGCAGGGCCACCCACUGAGUUCUCAGCUAUGGUGAGAAGAGGAAUUCAAAAAGGUGUGGGGCAGACCAGAUUCUGGGCUCUGCUGGUGUGGGCAGCAAACAUCCUUGUGUGGCAAGACCUCAGGCCUAACCCACUGCCCAGAUCACCUUCCGUGGCUGUGACUAUUCAUCUACAUCAGAUGCAACUAGGAGGGCCGUGGGGUGGCUAAUGUUCCCUUGGGGAAUCACAGCGGUUUUUGGCCAUGAUCACGGGGGUUUUGCACUUUAUAUCAGGACUUGAAAGUAUGUCAGCAAGCAAGCAGAGUCCUGAAUGACAUCCUCUCCUGCUGCAAGUCUGCAUUACACCACUAAAGCAGUAUUGCUUAGACUAGGCUGAGGAUGUGACCCCCUUUGUGUAAAUCAGAUUUAUACCACUGAAUUGUCAGUUCUUGCCAUUAGAUAAUAACUUCUGAAUCUAUUGGCCAGUUUCAUUUAAGCUUUUCUGUAAGUAAGAAGUCUGAAGUGAAAGAUCAGUACUUGGAUAAAGCAGGGGAAAUCAAUCUAGCUUUUGCAAAAAAGAGUGAUAUAAGCUCAAAGGAGCUAUUUUCUUUUUGCUACCAGCUGGCUACCUGGUGUACAUGUAUGGGCCUGCCAGUCAACAUGCAAAAAUGUGUGAAAUAAGCAGGACUGUUACCUGGCUCCUGGUUAGAGGACUUGGGAGGAGGCCAAGGUUUAGAGAGAGUGCUUGGUGUGUGAGGAACGUUACAAGGGUCCUUGCUGGAAAGGGAACAGAAUUUGAGGGAUCUGAGGUGUAUGGACACAGUAGAUACAAACUGGAAAAGCAGCUUUAGUCCUGUUGCUCACAGAGGCAAAUACCAACUGGACAGUAGUCUUGCUUGCAGAGAUGUUGCAGCCAGGUCUGGGAGCAGUUAGCAAUCAGACAGCUCCCCAGCUGUCUGCCAAUGGGGAGAUGCAAGUUGUUUUUCAGGAGCUGCACUUGUGUUAUGACCCUUUCUGAAGCUGAACAAGUAAGCAGGUAGCCCCAGGGAUUCUGAUGUGCUUAACCUGUGUAUAAGCAAAGUCCUCAGACUUUCUGACAUGAUUUAAUGAGCAUCAUAUUUCUUAGAUUCUGCUUUUUUGGAUCCAGUUGUAGUACCUUGUGCAGUCCACCCUGGCUGUUUCUUUAACUCAGGCCACUUGUACCACGGAGAAAUAAGCCUGGAUUUUCCUUGUGUUUCUCAGAUGUGUUUGGCUCUCAAUUUCCCUCCAGUGUACUGUUUCUACUAUCCAUGGAUUUGUGUAGGGACUAGCUAUUUAACCUGCCUUUGCAUGUCCUUCCUGCUUGUUCCCUUUGCCAUGUUGUUGCUCAGUUCUGUGCCAGGCCUACUCCAGUGAGCACUGGAGGGCAACCAGGCAAGAGGGGUGGUGAAUUAACCCGCCCAAGGAUCCUUGAGGGGCUCAUGGCAGAGCCAAGGACAGAACCCAGGUCUCUGGGGCCCUCAUGCCAUGUGCUGACUCGCAGGCCUCACUGGACGGAGCUGCUCCAGUUAUAGCACUAUCUCUACUGGCUGGUAACAGCUUCUGGUUUAUGGACAGCAGCUGCUUGGCAUUGCCUCCUCCCCUGUGGGCACAUGCUCCCGCAGCAUCCUGCACUGCUCAACAGAGAAAGCAUUUUCUGCUGGGUGAGAAGGCCUUUGAGUUGACAAAGAGUUGGGGGGGCAGUAGGAAGGGAUCCUUGGGCACAGAGCAAGCUGAGCUCUAAUCCUGUUGCAGAUAACAUCAUGUCUGCAGGCUAGGCUUGUGUGUGUUUGGGGGAGCUGGAGGGGCAGAGAUUGUUAGGCAGUAUUUGUUUGUAAAGCCACUUGCUCUGAAGAUAAUGCUUGCACUAACUUCUAUUGAGGGAGCAGUGUGAGUCCCCACAAAGUCCUUUCCCAAAGUGUCUUUGAAGCCAAGAACCCAUUGAAAGGAAGAAAGGCCAAGAGAGGGGAUUAGUUUGUUCAGCAGCUGUGAAUUUCAGUGGGAGGCUGAUGAACU